UAUUCAAAGAAAUGAGUUUGUGUUGUGCCUGUGGGAGUGAGUGGGUUCAUUACUUCAUCGUAUCACAUGGUUAGCUCUCCUACCCCAACCAUACACCAUUAAAAGAAUAAUAAGACGCAGCGAGACAGAGACUUGCUAUUAAAUCCAAAUCAAAAGCGACCCAUUUCGAUAUCUCCAACCGACUGCAAUUAAUUGGGAGGAUGGGUUUUGCUGGGGUUCUGUGACCAUUAUUAUUUCCCCUCUUUCUUUUAUUAGCUACUUCUCUCGGUUUCUCGAAGUGGGUAUCUCUCAUUUCAUCUAUUUUCUUCUUCCAACAUGAGGGUGACCGUUAUUUCUCGAAAUGGCCGAGAAAUUAUCAAGGGCGGGCUUGAGCUCAACGCUUCGUCUACGGUGAGCGAUCUGCAAGAAGCAUUUCACCGUCGAACCAGAAAAUACUAUCCUUCAAGACAGCGUCUCACUCUUCCCAUCCAACCUGGAUCAAAAGAGAAACCUGUUGUCCUCUACCCCAAGAAAAAUGUCCGAGACUAUUGUGAUGGAAACAGUGAAGAAAUUACUGUGGUGUUCAAGGACCUUGGUCCACAGGUUUCGUAUAGGACCCUUUUCUUUUGGGAAUACUUGGGGCCUUUGCUUAUCUACCCCAUGUUCUACUAUUUUCCUGUGUACCAGUACUUCGGCUACAAAGGAGAACGUGUCAUCCACCCAGUCCAGACCUAUGCUAUGUACUAUUGGUGCUUUCACUACUUCAAACGUAUAAUGGAAACAUUCUUUGUCCAUAGGUUUAGCCAUGCAACUUCACCUCUCGCCAAUGUGUUCCGAAACUGUGCUUACUAUUGGACGUUUGGGUUGUACAUUGCUUACCAUGUGAACCACCCUCUCUACACCCCAGUGAGUGACUUCCAGAUGAAGGUUGGAUUUGGGUUUGGGCUGAUAUGCCAACUGUCAAACUUCUAUUGCCAUAUCUUGUUGAAGAACCUGCGGAGCCUUUCUGGAAGUGGAGGGUACCAAAUACCACGGGGAUUUUUGUUCAAUAUAGUGACUUGUGCUAAUUACACCACUGAGAUAUACCAGUGGCUGGGAUUCAAUAUUGCAACACAAACAGUUGCUGGCUACAUAUUCCUUGUGGUGGCUGCCCUCAUCAUGAGUAAUUGGGCCCUUGCAAAGCACCGCAGAUUGAAGAAGUUAUUUGAUGGGAAGGAAGGAAGGCCAAAGUAUCCACGGCGAUGGGUGAUACUACCUCCUUUCCUGUGAGUAUGGGGAAGCUACUGUAAGAUGGUCUUUGCUAGAAGAUUCCAAACUCAACAGCAUUAUGUUGCAACUGUUGAAGACCCUAAAAGGAGAUCAAUCUAUCACAUUUCUUUCAGCUGAAUUAGAUUCUCUCUUAGUCUCUGCUCUUUGGGCUGUAUAUUGAAUAUUUCAAAUUAGAAAAUGUGGUUCAUUGGUUUCGUUCUUGUUUUACAGUUUGUUUUUUGGGAAACUGAAACUGAAGUUUAGUGGAUUGCCUUUUUGACAUCCUUUGAUGCAUUAUGAUGAAGAUGAGCACUAAUUUUCAA